AUGAUUACAGAAAGGAUCAAACAGGAAUGUGGAACAAAAAAAGUAAUGAAAGGAGAAAAUAAUCCGUUACGAUAUACUUCAUAUAAACCAAAAUCUGCAACAACCUUUCGUGAAGUUAUUCAAACAUUACGUAGUCCAGGAUAUUUAUUACCAUAUGAUGUACAUGAAAAACGUCGAUUGAUGCAAUCACGUCGAGGUACAACAUCAUUUUCACCUUCAAAGCAGAGAUUGGCGAAAUAUACACCUAAAAAAAUAUUCAAGAAGAAACGGUUAGCACGUGAAAUAACCAAAGAAAUGGUAAACGAUUUAGCGGCACGUGUAGACGACGUAGUGAUAAUAUCUAGAUGA